GUGAGAGCAGCGCGGAAUCCCCAUAGGCACGAUAAUAAGCGGCCAGGGCUAGUAGCCAGCAGGGACCAGAGCCUUAGCCACCGCCUCCCCCGGCCGCUCCUGGGACGCUUGGGUGAUGCACAAACCCCACCUGGACUCCCUCACCCUCCAGCUGCGCUCGGAUUUGCAGUGUAUAAAGGUGUCAAGCUCUUCCCUGUGUGACCAGAUGGAGUGUAUGCUAAGGGUUCUCCAUGAUUUGAAGAAAUCAUCACCACCUACAUCUCCAGACAUUGAAAAACCAUGUGUGGUCCCACCACGUAGAGCGCCAAGACGGGACAAUCGUAUUUCCCAUCGUACUUCUGAUCUGUCUGAGGCUGACUCUGCCUGCUGCAUGGAUCUUCCAAGCGAAGCUUCCCCAGGAAGCUGUGGACAACGGGGCCUUGAAUGGGAUUCUGGGUACUCAGAGGUAUCAGGAGGUUCUUUGCAAGGAGAAGAGGAUGGCAUUGUGGACGAGGAAAAUGAGACAACGGCACCCCCUGUAGUAUUGAGGCGCCUCCCUACUCCAUCCUGCCAGCGCCUCUCCUCAGGUGGGUUCCUCCAGUCACGACAAGGGAGAAUACGGCCUAAAUCCACAUCAGAUGUCUGCCUGGAGCAGUGGAGGGGUAUUGGACUAGGGGCUGACUCUCAGGACUGGACAGGGUGCCUUCUUUCUCAGAGCCGGAGCCGUCAGCCGUUAGUUUUGGGUGAUAAUAGCUUUGCUGACUUGGUUAAGCAGUGGAUGGACUUACCAGAGAAUGGAGAUGAGGAAGCACGGCGGGGCCGCUGGUUGCACAAGCCACAUGGCUUCCUUGUCAGCCUGUCUGGCAAUGUUAAAAGGCGUCUGGGUAACAUGUCUAGAAUGCGUGGCCGCUCUGAACAAGAAGCUGUAAAACGGAUGUCCUGCCCUCAACUGGGCUGCCGGCCGCUGUCCCCCUACUACCACCAGUCUCUUUCGGACAUUGCAGAAGCCUCAUCAAAUAUCUUGCACUGCCGCAGUCGGCGGCCAAUCAUAUGCAGCGAAGGGGCUGGAUUCUUAUAGCAAUUGGCCUUCCUAGGACUCUGAACUAAACACAUACAUUGGGAGGAUACACUGUGUGUAUAUAUAAAUGUAUAUUUGUACAGUUUUUAUAUUAUUAUUUCUUUUGUAAUAAAAAUGCAUAAAAUUA